AUGUCUCUCACCGCCCUCUGCGCCAAGCAGCGCCGCUUCGGUGGCGCGGGUGACGGCGGCUGGACCUUGUGCGUGGACCGCCGCGCGAUGCACGUGCGGGACCGCUGUGUGAUCUUCUCCUUUGGCGUCGGCUUUGAUGCAGCCUUCGACUUGGAUGCUGCCACUCGCCUGCCGUGGUGCGAGGUGCACAUGUUCGACCCCACGCCCCAGGUUGUGGAGGUUCUGAGCGGUAGCGCGGCCGCGUGGGCGGCGCUCUAUGGAAAAGCCGCGACCCGCACGCAGGACACUCUGGAAGCGUUUCGAGCACAGACGCGCGGCCUGCUGGCCAAUGGCACGGCCACGACCUCUCCAGGUGCGCUCUCGCUCCCCAAUGUGCGCUUCCACCCGUUCGGCCUAGCCGCGCGCGACCGCAAUGGCACGCUGCGCAACUGGUGGACGCAGCAUCGCAUGAGCCGCACCAUAAAGAGAGCUCCCACAGCAGAGUUCCUGUCUCUCGAUUCGAUUGUGGCGCGAGUGGGCCGCACGCCAAGCGUUGUGAAGGUGGACAUCGAAGGGGCUGAGAAGCAGCCGGGGGUGCUGGAGGCCCUGCUGCACAGUGGUGCGCCGCAGCUGGCUCUCGAGCUGCACAAGGCUGGUAAGCAUACGCUCAAGCAGACACAGCUCUUGGCUUCCGCCGCCGCAGCAGGCUACCGCCCGUGGAGAUCGGAGCGCGCCGAGUACAAGGAGGUCAAUAGCAUCCAUUACCUGCUCAGCGUGCCUGUGCGCUUGCCGCCCGCAGCAGCGGCUAUCGCUUCGACGCACGCACCUGAGCGGCGGUGA